CAGAAGACAAACAUUAUUUAGACAUUAUUUAUUUGGCACUUCUGAUCUGGUGGAAUAACUUCUCAAAGCAUACUUACAGAAGAAUUUAUUUGUGGAUUUCUUGUUUUUUCAGGUCUCCAGUUAAAAUGAAUAUUUUUAAAGAAAUUGUUCUUUUCUACUGGUGCCUAUUGACCUUCACCUUUCUUAAUGUUGAGACAACAAAGCUGGAUUUAACCUCAAAUUUAAGAAAAAAAUUUAGCAUCUGGGCACUAAGCAAAGUGAAAAGGAGCCUGGACAAUCUACCUGAAUCCAAGACAUUAGGGAUGAACAAAGAACAGUUUAUCAGACCAGAAGAUGUUAUAGAUUCAUUAAGUCCUCGUCACAGGAGUGAUGUCAACAUCCGCGUGAAGAGGUACAAGCACUCCCUCACCCACCAGUCGCUCAGGCUCGGAUGUAACCUGGGCACGUGUACGGUGCACGAGUUAGCCAACCGUCUCUACAAGCUAACCAACACAGAGAAGGACAACAACGCCCCCAUUGACAAAAUCAAUCAAUACGGCAAAAGAAGGCGCAGGUCGCUGCCUGUAAGGAGAGUUGGCUUUUAUUCCCUGGCAGGAAGGCUACAGCCAGAGUGGAUAAGAACCAGCGACCAAUCGGGUAAACUGAGAGGGGUCCUCAAGCACACAUGAACGUCAAAAUGUUUUGUUUAGAGUUUUCAGUUCGCUGGGCGCACUUGCAGUAGUGUCGUCCCGUGUGAUUGAUAAAAAGUAACUACAGCAUCACGUUUAAUGUGGCAACUCCUGUUGAGACUAUCCAGUAACGUAAACGGGACACGGAAGACUCUGGACAGUGUACAAUGCAAGCGAGGAAGCAUCAGGUCUCACAAAAAAAGUCACAGAACGAGAGUGCGCUACUCUCCCCGUGGAUUGUGCCAAAUCAAAUUACCGUCACAGUUUAAUGAAGGAUUAAUAGACCCUCUUAAAAAUUAACUAGACGAAGCCAAGUUCAACCUGUUAGAAGAGGAUGACCUUAAAGGAAUUUUCAUUUGAAGAAAGUCUGGUUUCAAAAACAAUUUUGGAACGUCGUUUAUAAUAUAUUGCUAAGCAAACAGUUGUUUUAAAAUGACAUUUUGAGUGAAUGUGGACUAUGUACGACUGAACAACGUUGGCAAAAUGUUUCUUUUAAUCGAGGUUUGUUAGCCUUGUUGGCAUUACUACUUGAACUUAAUCUUCAGAAAAAAGUGCAAUCCGCGCAUUUUCUUGCCAAUUGUAUAUAGUUAUAUUUUAUACAUUCUGAAGAUAAGAAUUAUUUUUAUACGUGAUAUUGUAUACGGGCAUUCAGUGUAUUCUUUUAUAAAACAUGUUUUAAGAUUGUAUUAGUGAAACUGUUUUUGUACGUGUUAAGACAUUACUAAUUUAUAUGUAUUUUUUAUCAAUUCUACCGAACAACGUAGUUCGGAUAAACAAUAAACAACAGA